AUGUGCUACUUCGACCAGACUCGCUGGGCAUGCGGCUUUUGGCGUUGGGGUCACUUCCGUCAGCAGUGCAACAAAGAGUACCGUAUGGGAGAGACGUGCGGGCUAAAACUUGUUUACGAAACCAAAAACGAUCCUGAGGUUUGUAAACUUUGCAGCGAUAUAGAGAAGAAACAGCGCCGCUAUGACAAGAUGUACCGCGACGUCCAACGUUGGCAACGUGAGGGUAACCGCGAUGCCACCAUUGAGCGAACAUGCAUUGAAAUGAGCGAAGUGGCAGGACAAAUGCACCGUAUGAGGGAGGAGCAUGCUCACAGGCUAUAUACGCUUGGCCAGGAUCUCAAAACCGAUUUGCCAACGGGGUAUAUUGAGCUACCAGAGCAAAUUAUGCUCUACUGCUCUGCUUUGCCGAUAAUGGUGGCAUAUGGCUCAUUCGGCGAGCUGAUGACAGAGCAGAGGUCUACUAGGACACCGACGCAUGUUAUUUUAUAA